AUGCUUGAAGAUCGCGUCCUGAUACCACGCGCUCUUCGACGUACCCUACUAGAAGAGUUACACAUCGGACACCAAGGCGUCAGCGCAAUGAGAGAAAAUGCAAAAAGACGAUUCUUCUGGCCACAAAUGAGCUCACACAUACAAAAUCACAGGAAUCAAUGCACCCGAUGCAACCAAAUCGCUCCCUCAAAUCGCAAAGAUACACCGGAAGUCCCCGAUCCGCCGAUUUAUCCAUUCCAACAGACAGCUGCCGAUGUAUUUCACAUGGCAGGGCGUCUGUAUAUAGUCUACGCAGAUCGCUUCUCCGGUUGGCCAGAGGUAGCCUCAACCAAACCUGAUGCUACAGCUACCACGAUUGUAAACAUUCUUCGAAGAUAUUUCACAAAUUUUGGCGUCCCCGAAGAACUGUCAUCAGACGGGGGUCCGCCAUUUACAUUUCACGAGUUCGAAAACUUUCUACGAUCUUGGAACGUUUCACAUCGAGUAUCAUCUGUCGGCUACCCCCAAAGCAACGGACGAGCAGAAGCCGCAGUUAAGACUGUCAAACGAGUAUUAACGACCAAUAUUAGUCAAUCUGGGUCACUGGACACCGAUAAUGUCGCCAAAGCCCUUCUCCUGUACCGAAACACUCCAUCACCAGACAUGGGAGUCUCACCUUCUGAGCUCCUAUUUGGACGCAACAUCAGAGACCAUCUUCCAGCACCAAGACGUUUCCGGAAAGAAUGGAUUGACUUAGCCGAUAUUCGCGAGAACGCUUUUACGAGAAGACACCAACAAGCUUGCACGACAUCACAACGACAACUCCCUGUUUUGAAAGUUGGAGACACUGUUUCCAUUCAGAACCAAACUGGUAACGCCCCGCUUCGAUGGGAAAAGACCGGGGUAAUCAGCGAAAGUUUACCCCAUCGACAAUACCGUGUUGUAGUCGAUGGCAGCCGUCGUACGACAUUACGUAAUAGACAGUUUUUACGCCCAAUACCAAACGAAACACGCAACGAUAUCAUCGAUUUAGACAUUCUCCGACAAACAAAAGAAGAACAUCUUCCCAGUACUAACGGGACAGAUCUACCAGCAAUCAAUCAACCAGAAACAAUUCCAACUGAACAAGAGACAACUCAGGCAGACACUCCACCAUCAAUCGUCUGCCCUCCGACACCCGUCAUCCAAACGAGACGAUCAACACGCACUAGAAGACCACCAGAAAAAUUUAAAGACUAUGUUAUGAAAUAG